UUCAGCAUGGAUUCUCAACAAUGUCUGGUUUUGCUCUUUCUCUUUCUCCCAAGCCAAGUUUGUUUCCAGGUAGUACCUCGUGCCCAUGCUGAGGAGCGCCUCCUGCAGGAUCUUUUUGUAAACUACAACAAGCUCUCUCGACCUGUACAAAACACCACUGACACUGUCCUGGUGCACUUUGGCCUGUCCAUCGCUCAGCUCAUUGACGUGGACGAGAAGAACCAGAUGAUGACUACGAACGUCUGGGUCAAGCAGGAAUGGAACGACUACAAGCUCCGGUGGAACCCUGAGGAAUACGAGAAUGUCACCUCCAUACGUGUUCCCUCAGAGAUCAUCUGGAGGCCCGACAUCGUCCUCUAUAACAACGCUGAUGGUGAUUUUGCGGUAACUCACCUGACCAAGGCUCACCUGUUCUAUGACGGUCAGAUCAAGUGGAUGCCCCCGGCCAUUUACAAGUCCUCCUGCAGCAUUGACGUCACAUUCUUCCCUUUCGACCAACAGAGCUGCAAGAUGAAGUUUGGCUCCUGGACUUAUGAUCGUGCCAAAAUCGAUCUGAUCAGCAUGGCCAGCAAUGUGGACCAAAUGGACUAUUGGGAAUCAGGCGAGUGGGUGAUAGUCAAUGCGGUGGGAAAGUACAAUACAAAGAAGUACGAGUGCUGCACAGAGAUAUACGCCGAUAUCACGUACUACUUCAUCAUCAGAAGGCUGCCUUUGUUCUACACUAUCAAUCUCAUCAUCCCUUGCCUGCUUAUUUCUUGUUUGACCGUUUUAGUUUUUUAUUUGCCGUCACAGUGUGGAGAAAAGAUUACAUUGUGCAUAUCGGUUCUCCUCUCGCUAACUGUGUUCCUUCUGCUCAUUACGGAAAUCAUACCUUCAACAUCGCUAGUGAUUCCUUUGAUCGGUGAAUACUUGCUUUUCACGAUGGUCUUCGUCACAUUGUCAAUCAUCAUUACAGUUUUUGUGCUAAACGUGCAUCACCGCUCGCCGCAAACUCAUGGAAUGCCUCAUUGGGUAAGGAGGGUGUUCUUGGACCUGGUGCCGAGGGUUCUCUUCAUGAAACGGCCCCCAGGAACAGCCAAGAAUAACUGUAAGAAGUUGAUAGAGAUGAUGCACAAACCACCGACCGUGUCUACAACAGGGAACUCGCAAACCUUCUGGGCAGGACUUGAGACGGGUUUGAAACAGAUAAGUCAGUUAGAAACCACGAUAGUUAAAACGCCAACCGAUAGUCCAAAUAUCCAUGUGAGUUCUCCUUCUCCACCGCUCUCUGCUAAAGAAGACUCAGAUGAAAAUGACCAUACACUGAAGCCAAAUUUUUUCUGCCGUUCCCCAUCGGGAAAGUAUUCAGUCCUUUCUGAAAACCUACGUGGAUUAAAAUCUGCAGCAUCCUCUUGUUCUCAGUUGUCUUUGCCUCCGACCUUACCCUUAGGUCCACUCCGAUGUCUGUCUAAGGAAGAGUCCCAGAAGCCAUGUAUGAAUGGUCGUUCACACAGUGUGGAACAAAUGUGUGAUCAUCAAAGGGAGUAUUCUCCAAAGAACGAGCAUCUUUGUAGAUCUCGCAGCUUCAACCACUGCUGUGUGCACACUGAGGGGACCCCAGGCGCAGCGAGGAGAGUGAAGACACCCCUGAAAGAGAACUUAUUAGAGACGCUUACAGCUCAGCUCACUAAAGAUGUGAGCACUGAACAGGACGUGGUAGUUCCCUCCAUAUCACCAGCUUUGCUGCGGGCCUUAGAGGGGGUCCAGUACAUUGCUGACCAUCUUAGAGCAGAGGAUGCAGACUUUUCUGUGAAGGAGGACUGGAAGUACGUGGCCAUGGUCAUCGACAGGAUCUUCCUCUGGAUGUUUGUGCUGGUCUGUAUUCUGGGAUCAGUGGGCCUCUUCUUGCCCCCCUGGCUCGCUGGAAUGAUCUGAAGCCUUACAGUGGACAACAUAUCCUAUAUUGUAAAAAGAUCUUACUUUUUAUUUUUAUUGUAAGAAUUUAGUUUGUUUUUCAGUUGUUGACAUGUAACAAUUCUUGAUGAGGGCAAUUGGCCAACAGAAAAUCAGUUAACUUUUUCAUUUUUGCUGCAUUUUUCUCAAACUUUAUCUAUUCUUUAGAGAGACUUUAAAAAAGAGUAAGAUUGAAAUAAUACAGCACUGAAAGUACAUUUGUAUUUUUUUUCUAACACUUAAAUCCUUUUAUGCGAAAAGGGGUCUAGGUACCGCUGGUGGAGCAGUUAAAUUGUGUCCCCAGGUUUAUUGACAGCAACAAAUCCUUGUAACAAUAGACAUUUAUUAGGAUACGUCAACAGCUAUACUAUCACAGCAGUCAUUCAAGUAAACAGUGACGUGAUUCAGGUAGCACAGAUUUCACUGUUUUACCCAAACAAAGUUAAAAGGGGUUCUAUUUGCACCUUCCUAAAGGCUCUAUCUUUUAGAUACUUUCUUAUGCUGCAUGAAUCUGCUUUUAGCAGUUAAAUACUAUAUAUAAUUAUAGUAAUAAAGAUAGAGCUAUAUGAGAAAUAAAAAUGUUGUGCAGGUUUAGGCAGGAUUUUGUGUGGACAGUUGAAGGCCCUCGAUUCAGAUUCAGAAAUUAUGCCACAAAGCACUUUUUAUAUCCCAUUGAAAUGAGUACAAAUAUUUAAUCCCAACAUGUUCAAGGUUUAUCCAUACACACCUUAUUACUAUGUUUGUCCCAUUAGUGAAUCAUGUGUGGCAUAUUUCACACAUGAACAAUACGUUAAUACAAUAUAAGGAAACUUAUUUUUUGUUUUUAUAAGGAUACUUAUUUUGUGUUUUUGUUUUUUGUUUUGUUUUUUACAAAAAAAUGCAUUAAAGGAACUCUCCCCUAAUCCUAACCCCCCACAAGCAUCAGGCAGACAUCAAAACAAACAGUGGCCCAAACUAAACCUGGAAACCUUGAAAAAGGAUGACAUUUGAAAAUGACAGGAUAUUUGACUUGUUCUAAAAUGUUAAACAUGGAAUGUAGUUUUAAUCCCCCAAUGGCGAGCUGCCUUGCCUCAUUUCUCAGAC